AUGCCCGAUGACAACCAUGGCCAGAUUCUGCGGCUACCCACUGGUAAUGAGACUGCCAGAGAAGGCGGCGCUGGUAUUUACUUCCACUUCGAGUACUUCGGCAGACCGCGGUCGUACAAGUGGUCGAACACCAACAGCUUGCCGAAAGUUUUGAAAGAACUUUUGCAAGCUUACUGGCGAGAUGCGAACCGCGUCUGGGUUCUCAAUAUUGGCGAUAUCAAGCCUUUAGAGCAACCCUUUGGGUUCGCCAUGGACUUGGCUUGGGACGUCUCGAAAUUUGACUUUGAUAUGAUACCAGAAUAUCUACGCCUCUACUCCGAGCGGGAAUUCGGUAGCGAACAUGCGGAUGAUGUUGCGGCUCUACUGAUGGAAUUCAACUACCUCAUCGGGAUGCGCCGCUUUGAGAUGGUUCAGCCAGACACAUACUCGGUAUUAAACUACCAUGAAGCGGAAAGGAUAUUAGCAAGAUGGAACCUGCUCGCCAAUCAAACCAAGACAUUGUUUGAACAGAUACCGGAGGAUUACAAAGCCGCAUACUAUGAGUUAGUAUUCUAUCCCGUAGUAUCGGGUGCUACAUACUACGCAGUAAACAUCGGCACAGGACUCAACUAUCGACAUGCCAUGGAACGGAGGAACUCAGCAAAUGCACUUGCCCACCAGGUUCUUGCUGACUUUGACUAUGACUAUGAUCUGGUAGAGGAUUUUGACGCCCUCCUCGACGGCAAAUGGCGAAACAUCAUGUCUCAGGCCAAGCUCGAAACGUUCGAUACCGGAAAGGCAAAGAACUGGAUGAACCCAUCUCGCGACAUACUCUCAAAUCUUUCCUUUGUUCAGUUGCGCCAAAACAUGCAGUUCUCUGUCGGUAAUCUUGGCAUCUACGCUGAGGGCUCUAACAGCCCUCUCGACCAGGGUCGAUGGGCUGAGUCUAUCGAUCCUUCGAUGCCCUUCACCAAAUCUCCAGCCCAGGUCCCAGAAAUGAGUCCUUAUGGACCUCCCAGGCGGACUAUAGAUCUAUUCAUGCGAGGUGACUACCGCGUCCCAAUCGACUGGCAGCUUGGCGAUAUUCCAGUGGAUUGGCUGUCAAUUGCACCAAGUUCGGGCCGACUUAACGUGACGGCCGAAGAGCAACGCCUCGAAGUCACCAUUGACUGGACACAGGUGCCGGAGGGAUACAACGAUACAGUGGAAGUUGGCAUAACGUCAACACCGUCAUUUUAUCCAUACUACGACAUCAUACGUAUCCCGGUACAAAAUCGGAAAGUACCCACUAAUUUCCGCGGCUUCCCAGAGACAGCUGGUUACAUAUCGAUUGAAAGCCCACACUUCCAGCAAUCUUCCUCCUCCCCGAAUAACAGAACGGCGAGUGAAACAGUAGCAUUUGUCCACGUUCCAUACCUUGGCACGCGCACUGAAUCCGGCUCCGUGGCUCUGCGGCCUUUCCACGCUGCUCGGGCUUCUCUUCUCGACUCGAAAUCCGCAUAUGUUGAAUAUGAUAUCUACCUCUUCAAGGACACUCCUGCUAUCAACGCCACUAUCUACAUCAACGCUGGCUUAGAUACAGAUCCCAACCUUCUCAUGGAGUUUUCACUUUCUCUUGAUGACGCUCCUCAAAACUUCACACGUGUGUUAGGUGACCCGAAGGACGCGGGCGAUGUGCCACCCGAAUGGACGGACAACGUAAUGAAUCAGGUGUGGACAAAGAAAGUUAGUCUUGGUGAAGCAAAGGAAGGGGCUCACACGCUUCGUUGGAGCGUUAACAGUCCUGAGGUCUACUUGGAGAAGCUUGUUCUGGAUACCAGAGGCGGGGUCAAGAACAGCUAUUUAGGUCCACCUGAGUCAAAUCUGGCUAGAUUUGAUUGA